AUGGCUUUUACUUCUGCUGCUGUAGUAUUGUCCGUAGUCGAGGAACACGACAAAACUGUGAGAGAAAAAGAAAGUGAGGAUGAGGACCAUGCGCCAGGGAGCAGUAGUAGUUCCAGCAGUAGUUCCUCCAGUAGUGGAAGUGAUGUACCUCGCAAAAAGCCAAAGGGUCGCUUGGACGAGAAAACUCGAAAGUUUUUGGAAGAAGGAGAUUACUUAAGACGAUCAUCUCGUUCUAAACAGUCAAGUAGAAAGGAGAAAGCCAGCCAUUCUGAGGACGAGGAUGAGGAAGCCGAGCUCAGCGAAGACAGUUCAUCGGACGAUCACAGUUUCAAAGCGAGCCGAGGAAAAAGAACAUCCGCGCAAAAAAGCGGAUACAGGGGACGAUCGGGGAAAUCAAAUCGUUCUCCUGUCGACUAUACUGAAAAAGGCUCUGAUGAAGAUCUCGAUGAAAAUGACGUCCUUGAAUGGGAAGAAGACAAAAAGUCGCCUUCUGCUGUAACGAACGCAGAAACAAUUGAACGCGUGAUUAAAUCCAGAUUGGGAGCUCAGGGAGCAACAGGAUCAGCUACCACUUGCUAUAACGUUUCAGAAAAAGGCGAUCCAAAUAAUCCAGAUGCUCCCGUUGUUGAACAGCAGUUUUUAAUCAAAUGGGUUGGUUGGAGUCAUCUCCAUAACACAUGGGAGUCUGAGGCUUCAAUAGCUGCUAUGGGAGCGAAUGGAGUGAAAAAAGUGCAGAAUUUUCUCAAAAAGCAGAAGGAAAUGGAUGACUGGAAGCGUACAGCUGACAAGGAGUAUAUUGAAUUUUACGAAUGCGAACAAGUGAUGAGUGAAGAGCUAUGCGAAGAGUACACAAAAGUUGAGCGGAUAGUCGCUCACCAGGUAUCUAGGGAUAAAAAUGCAGAUGGCCAGGAAGCCACAGAGUAUUACGUGAAAUGGUGUGGACUUUCAUAUUCGGAUUGUACAUGGGAGGAUGCUCGUCUGUUACCUCCUGAAGCUAUCCAGGCUUAUCAUCGCAGGAUCGAUAACUAUAAAGCCCCUAGCAAAAAUGCUGCGGUUCUACGAAGAAGACCGAAAUUCGUGAAAAUCGAAGGUAUGCCAUCAUGGCUACAACCUGAUGACAAAGAACAAACGCUUCGAGACUAUCAACUAGAGGGUCUGAACUGGAUGCUCCAUGCUUGGUGCAAGCAUAAUUCAUGCAUCCUGGCUGAUGAAAUGGGUCUCGGAAAGACUAUUCAAUCUAUUGCGUUCCUGUCAGCCUUAUACCAUCGUUACGAAUUGUAUGGACCGUUCCUCGUUGUGGUGCCAUUGUCUACCAUGGCAGCUUGGCAAAAGGAAUUUGCACAAUGGGCGCCGGACUUGAAUCUUGUCACCUAUAUGGGUGAUACAAAUUCGCGUGAACAAAUUCGUCAAUUUGAGUGGUACGUAGCUGGUACGAAGAAGAUCAAGGUCAAUGCUGUGCUUACCACCUAUGAGAUCCUGCUCAAGGACAAGCCAUUUUUGGGUAGCUUCCAUUGGGCUGCUCUUGCUGUUGAUGAGGCGCAUAGAUUGAAGAACGAUGAGUCUCUGCUGUAUAUCUCAUUAUCUUCAUUUAAUUGUGACCAUCGUCUCCUUAUCACUGGAACUCCUCUACAAAAUUCUCUGAAGGAAUUAUGGGCUCUGCUCCACUUCAUCAUGCCUGAAAAAUUCAACAGCUGGGCGGAGUUUGAAGGUGGUCAUAAUGACAGAGAUCACAAGGGUAUUGCUGCUCUCCAUCGGAAGCUGGAACCGUUUCUUCUGAGACGAGUCAAAAAGGAUGUAGAGAAGAGCUUGCCACCCAAGCUGGAGCAAAUUUUGCGAGUAGACAUGACGGCUCAGCAGAAGCAAUACUACAAGUGGAUCUUGACCAAGAACUAUCGUGAACUUUCUAAAGGAGUAAAAGGAUCAAUAAAUGGUUUUGUAAACCUUGUGAUGGAGCUUAAAAAGUGCUGCAAUCAUACUUCUCUAGUCCGUCAGUAUGAUCAUUACGAAAAUGAUCCACAGUCACGACUACAGCAACUGCUCAAAUCAUCUGGAAAAUUGAUUUUGUUGGACAAAUUAUUAUGUCGCUUGAAAGACACUGGGCACCGCGUCUUGAUAUUCUCUCAGAUGGUGAUGAUGCUGGACAUCUUACAAGAGUAUCUCCAAUUGCGUCGUUUUUCAGCACAGCGACUUGAUGGCUCCAUGCGGGCUGAUCUGCGUAAGCAAGCGCUUGACCAUUUCAACGCUGAAGGUUCGACGGACUUUGCCUUUUUGCUAUCAACUCGAGCCGGAGGUUUGGGUAUCAACCUUGCUACAGCGGACACGGUCAUAAUUUUUGACUCGGAUUGGAAUCCGCAAAACGAUUUGCAAGCAAUGAGCAGAGCUCAUCGAAUAGGGCAGACUCGGCAGGUGAACAUCUAUCGUCUUGUAACCCGUAAUUCGAUGGAAGAGGAAAUAGUUGAACGAGCAAAACGCAAACUCGUGCUUGAUCAUCUCGUCAUCCAAAGAAUGGACACUACUGGAAGAACUGUGCUUAAAUCUUCCGGUGGUGCACGCUCCAUCCCAUUUGAUAAGAAGGAACUCAACGACAUUUUGAAAUUUGGAGCUGCUGAUCUAUUCAAGGAAGGCGAUGGGGAGGAGCAGGAACCAGAAGUUGACAUUGAUCGUAUCUUGAGUGUAGCAGAAACAAGAGAUGCUGAUGAGGCUCAGGAGAAUGGCAAUGAGCUGCUGAAUUCCUUCAAGUAUGCAAACUUCUCCAUCAACGAAGAACAAGAUGUGGCUGCUGCCGCUCAACAUCAAGUUGCUUCAUCUAAAGAGCUAGAGAAUGCCGAUUGGGAUGAGAUCAUUCCAGAAACUGAAAGAUUGAAACUCGAAGAAGAAGAACGAAGAAAGUUGGCGGCAGAUUUGGAGCUGGCACCUCGACAACGCGUCAAAGUUGAAAUUGAAGAAGCUGAUGAGGGCGAUGCUUCCGCGUCAGAUGGUGAAGCAGAAGGUGGCGGUCGUAAAAAGAGGAAAAAAGCCUUUGGAGAUUUUUCUGGUACGGAAGUCAAAAGAUUCGUGCGGUCAUUUAGGAAGUUCGCGAUGCCGUUGGAAAGGCUGGAGGCAUUAGCUCAAGAUGCUGAGCUGGAAGAGCAUAGUGCUGAAGAACUGAGAAAACUGGCAGAAGCUUUGCUGGAAGGUUGUGAAAAAGCUGAGGCAGAGCAUGAGACGAGGAAAAGUGAAGAGAAGGCUGACGGUGAAAAGACAAAAGACCGAGGCGCUUCAUUCAAAUUUGCCGGUGUGGUUGACGUGAACGUUCGACCUAUAAGGAAACUGCAGGCUGAACUAGAGCCUCUGCACAAGGCGCUUUCCGACAAAGGAAGCGCUUCGGAUUUCAGACCUCCUCACAAAGCUCGCCCUCAGAAGGGCUGGGACGUCGAAUGGAAUUUCGUAGACGAUACAGCAUUGUUGCGAGGUGUUUAUAAAUACGGGCUGGGUAGUUGGGAAGCGAUCAAAAUGGAUCCAGAACUUGGGCUGGCUGAUAAGAUCUUCCUGAAAGAUAAGAUUCGAAAACCUCAGCCUCGUCACUUGCAGCAACGGGUAGAUUAUCUACUCAAGUUGAUGGACAAGUCCAUAAAUGGUAAGAAAACCCAAAGGGCUACGCCUUUGGCAGGCAACCGUAAAAGGAAGGCACCAAGUGACGAUGUGAAAUCUGAGCCAGUCGAGGAAAAAAAACGAAAAGAGAAGGAACAUCACAAGCAUCAUCACCAUCAUCAUAAUGCUUUGCAAGCUAAACCUGUGGUAGUCACACGUGACAAGACACUGGCAGAUCAGUUAGCCUUAGUCCUCAUCGAAAAGUCGAUUUAUGGUCAAGCACUCGAGAAUACGAGCGAUCGACCGUUUUCUGAAUGCGUGAAGAUGAUGCGGCCAGUGCAAAAAUACAUCAAGAAACUUACGGAAGCUAGUAACGAAAAGGAGGCUGCUAGGUACCUGAUGAAGUUAGGUGACAACUGCCGUGAUCAACUAGACGAAAUGCUCAAAAAAAAGCCGAAGACGAAUAUUCGUAAAUGGUACAAUUAUAUGUGGAUAUUCCUGUCGAAGUUUGUUUCACAAGAACCGAUGGAGAUGCUGCAGAAGUACCGAGAACUUUGUGCAUUGAAUCAUCGGCAUAAACAUCGUGAACAGAACCAUGUCAAGGAUCACUCACCGCAAAAGAUUGACGGAGAGAGGAGAGAGAAAGACGGUGAUAAGAAGGAAAGCAAAGAACAACAUAAGAAGAAACAUCAUAAAGAACACAAACACGACAAACAGCAUAAAGAGCAUCGCACUCACAAGCUUCACGAUGGCCAUAAGGAUCGACUACCUCGCGAUGAUCCACCGACGGAGUAUCGAAGUCCGUUGCAAGACGAAUAUCGAAGUUCGCCAUUAGUCCGACCUCCCCUCCUUUCGACAACUCCGCGAACUCAGCACUAA